UCUCUAUCAAAAUUGUAUGAUGAAGAAAGUAUGGUGUACUUUAGAGUUUAGAUAUACCUUUGGGGUAUCUUGGUUUUGGAGGCUUGGAGCCCUAGCUUUCUGUUCAGGAGGCAUCUUCUUCUCUGAUUAGCCAUUUCCCGAGCACUCUAGUCCAGGACGUGAACUAUGGCCGGACGGCGAACGAGAUAAGUAAACCUCAACCGUUCAGCCUCGAUCAUGACUUCCUUCAAAGGAGCCUUAAGAUCGAAGCUAACCUCACUGCGCGCUUCUUCAUUGUUCUUCACAAGCAGAGCGAAUAAUGUCAGUGAGAACUCUCGAACCAUUCUCUCCCCUUUCGGAUGCCAUUUUUGUGCCCCAUUCUGCUCGCGUCCUCGCCAGAACAAUAGGGAGGUUUCUGACAUAGACUUGACCCAGUACCCUCCUGACAACAUUCGAAACUUCUCGAUUAUUGCCCAUGUUGAUCAUGGCAAAUCAACCCUUGCAGACCGUCUCUUGGAGCUCACCGGAACUAUCCGGAAAGGCCAUGGUCAACCUCAGUACCUGGAUAAGUUGCAGGUAGAAAGAGAAAGGGGAAUUACUGUUAAAGCUCAGACAGCAACGAUGUUCCAUCAUGGCAACUUCCGUGGAAGUGACACUGAUUUUUUGUUGAACUUGAUUGACACACCCGGGCAUGUGGAUUUUAGCUAUGAAGUAUCAAGAUCUUUGGCUGCGUGUCAAGGUGCUCUUCUUGUUGUAGAUGCAGCCCAAGGAGUGCAAGCACAGACUGUUGCAAAUUUCUAUCUCGCUUUUGAAUCAAACUUGGCAAUCAUUCCUGUCAUAAACAAAAUUGAUCAGCCAACAGCUGAUCCAGACCGUGUGAAAGCACAACUAAAAUCCAUGUUCGACCUUGACCCAAGUGAUGCACUGUUAACAUCUGCAAAAACUGGUCUUGGUCUAGAGCACAUUCUUCCGGCUGUCAUAGAGAGAAUACCGGCUCCUCCGGGAAAUAUAACUUCACCAUUGCGCAUGCUUUUGUUGGAUUCAUAUUACGAUGAGUACAGAGGAGUUAUCUGCCACGUGGCAAUUGUUGAUGGUGCUCUGCGUAAAGGUGAUAAAAUUUCAUCUGCUGCAACCUCCCAAACUUAUGAGGUUUUAGAUGUUGGUAUCAUGCACCCAGAACUAGUGCCCACAGGAGUUCUUCUAACUGGUCAAGUAGGAUACAUUGUUAGUGGCAUGCGUUCAACUAAAGAGGCUCGUGUUGGGGACACUCUUUAUCAUAGUCGGACCACUGUAGAGCCUCUUCCAGGUUUCAAACCUGCCAAACACAUGGUUUUUUCUGGUCUAUAUCCCGCCGAUGGGUCUGAUUUUGAGGCUCUCAGCCAUGCAAUAGAGCGAUUGACUUGCAAUGAUGCCAGUGUAUCUGUUGCUAAAGAAAGCAGCACAGCUCUAGGUCUGGGAUUCAGGUGUGGUUUCUUAGGUUUAUUUCACAUGGAUGUUUUUCAUCAACGUCUUGAGCAGGAACAUGGUGUGCACGUCAUUUCCACUGUUCCAACUGUUCCAUAUAUUUUUGAGUAUUCAGAUGGAAGCAAAAUAGAAGUUCAGAAUCCUGCAAACAUUCCUUCAAAUCCUAAACAGAGAUUAAUUUCUUGCUGGGAACCUACCGUAUUAGCCACAAUUAUUAUUCCUAGUGAAUUUGUGGGUCCUAUUAUAACUCUAUGUGCUGAACGUCGAGGGGAUCAACUGGAGUACUCAUUCAUUGAUAGUCAACGAGCGCUUAUGAAGUAUCGUCUACCAUUGAGGGAAAUUGUUGUCGACUUUUACAAUGAAUUGAAAAGCAUAACAUCGGGUUAUGCUACAUUUGAUUACGAGGAUGCUGACUAUCAGGCCUCUGAUUUAGUGAAACUUGAUAUCCUCUUAAACGGACAAUCAGUUGAUGCAAUGGCUACUAUUGUUCAUAAAUCAAAAGCACCACGCGUUGGCCGUGAACUUGUGGAUAAGCUGAAGAAGUUCAUAGACAGGCAAAUGUUCGAAAUUACCAUACAAGCUGCUAUUGGAUCAAAGGUUAUUGCCCGGGAAACGGUAUCGGCCAUGAGGAAAAAUGUCCUUGCGAAGUGUUAUGGUGGGGAUGUGACUAGAAAGAGGAAGCUAUUGGAGAAACAGAAAGAGGGGAAGAAGCGCAUGAAGCGUGUCGGCUCAGUUGAUAUUCCUCAAGAAGCUUUUCAUGAGCUACUCAAGGUCUCUUGAUUUUGAUUGAUCGUUCGCUCCCUUGAUCAAAACUUUCACUUGUUAUGGCUGAAAGAAUGUUUUGUAGUGAAGGGCAACAAUGGAUUAGCAGGAAAUGAGCUUCAAACAGCAUUGGCAUUGGCUCAUUUCUGUAUUGAGAUUUGAUAAGAAACUGUUUUUUUGUUGUUGCACAUGUGUUUUUCUUCAUUACAUGACAUAUUUCUCCAUUCUAAGAGUAAUGCGCAUGUGGAGUACGUAU